AUGGAGACUCAGAAUGAUAUUUGUAGAUUCCUCCAAAUGCAAAAUUCUGGCAAUUUGGCUAAAUAUCUUGGCCUUCCCAUAGCUUGGGGCAAAUCCAAAUCACAAGUUCUAAGCUUUCUUAAUGAUCGUGUCAUCCAGAAGCUGCAGGGGUGGAAAUGUCGUUAUCUCUCACAAGCUGGGAAGGAGAUUCUGAUAAAGGUGGUGAUUCAAUCAGUUCCUUCCAAUGUAAUGUCAUGUUUCAAGUUGCCCACAGGUAUUAUUGGAGAUUUGGAGAAAUUGGCGGCUAAAUUUUGGUGGAGGAAAUCAUUUGAUUCUGUCAAUAUCCAUUGGUUGAGCUGGAAAAGACUCUCUUGUAGUAAGAGUUUAGGUGGAUUGGGUUUCAAGGAGCUGAAUUUGUUUAAUGUAGCGUUGCUAGCCAAACAAGCAUGGCGAGUUAUUAAGACUCCUGAAGCUUUACGGGUUAAAGUUCUUAAGGGCGUCUAUUUCCCUUCCUCAUAUUUUUUAAGGGCUGGUAAAAGGAACAAUCCCUCAUGGGAUUGGAAGAGCUUACUAGAAGGCAGAGAAGCUUUAUCUAAGGAGCUUCGAUGGAAUGUUGUUGGUCCUUCUUUUCUUGACGCGUGGAAUGAGCCAUGGAUUCCUUCUUUGCCAUCUUUUAAAAAUACAAAGUACAAGGAAUGUGCAGCUAUCUUGAAAAUUCCCCCUAGUUCCAUCAACAGAGAACCAAAUCUGAUUUGGAAAGCUCGGAAUGCAGCAAUUUUUGAUAAUAUUCCGCCGAAUCCCAUGAGAUCUAUUGUCAAGGCGUUGCUUAAAAUUAAUGUCGAUGCGUCUUUUGAUCCGGCUUCCUCUUUAGCUGGGUGUGGUAUUGUAGUUCGUGAUUCUGAAGGAACCUUGAUUGAUGGGAGUGCUGUUUCUUGUUAUUCUUGGUCUCAUCUUGCUGCCGAAGGUUUUGCACUUAGGGAGGCAUUGCGUUUUGCAUCGAGCAGAGGUUUUCUUGAUGCCUCUAUUGAAACAGAUUCUUUAAAGCUUUCUCAGUUUAUUAUGCUUCCUCUAGUGCCCAUCCCUUGGGAAUUAGGGGCUAUUAUUCAUGAUAUUCGAUCUCUGUUAUCAUCUUGUUUAGAUGAUUUUCUUGUUAAGGAUAAGAUGUUUGAAUCUAUUGAGCACUUUUUCUUCUUUUGUAACCAUGCCAUAGCUGUGUGGUUUGGUUCGCGGCUUGGUUUCAUUCCUCGACAGGAAGGUUUUGGGUCUUUCCUUCAACGGUGGCAAUCGUUAGUUUCCUUUUCUCAAGCUAAUGAGAGUAAUUUAAUUAUCUUGGCUAGCCUGUUGUGUUGGCAGAUUUGGAAAGCUCGGAAUGCAGCAAUUUUUUAUAAUAUUCCGCCGAAUCCCAUGAGAUCUAUUAUCAAGGCGCAGAAUGCUUUUGAAGAAUUGCUCUCUUCAUCAGUUCAGCAAAACCAUGCUUGGAAGCAUGUUUCAUCUGCGUGGCUUGCUCCUGUUUCUGGGUUGCUUAAAAUUAAUGUCGAUGCGUCUUUUGAUCCGGCUUCCUCUUUAGCUGGGUGUGGUAUUAUGGUUUGUGAUUCUGAAGGAACCUUGAUUGAUGGGAGUGCUGUUUCUUUUUAUUCUUGGUCUCCUCUUGCUGCCAAAGGUUUUGCACUUAGGGAGGCAUUGCGUUUUGCAUCCAGCAGAGGUUUUCUUGAUGCCUCUAUUGAAACUGAUUCUUUAAAGCUUUCUCAGUUUAUUAUGCUUCCUCUAGUGCCCAUCCCUAGGGAAUUAGAGGCUAUUAUUCAUGAUAUUCGAUCUCUGUUAUCAUCUUAUCUAUCCAUUGCUAUCUGUUUGCUUUGUUCCUAG